AUGACGGGGGUUGUGCAGCAGGAGGCUCGCCUCGAGAAGCAGAUAGAGAAGCAAAUGGGUUGCAUGGCUGGCUUCCUUCAGAUCUUUGAUCGCCAUCAGAUUCUCGCCGGCAAACGCCUCUACUCCAACAAACGCCUUCCUCCAUCGGCGGUCGCUGAUUCGACUCCGGAACUGGAGAAGACAAUGAUGGAUUCUCCUGCGGAAAAAAUGUCCCCGGAUUCGGAGAAGCAGCAGCGGCACUUUGAAUCUAGAUCAAUGACUUCCCCGGACAAGUUCAAGCAAUCCCCGGCGGUUGUGCCGGAGCCCCCACAGUCCCCGGCUCCGGAAGCUUCGCCUCCCGGCGAUGCUCCUCCUUCCAAAUCGCCACUUCCUCUCCCUGUGUUCGAUAGAACAAAGUCGUCGUGGAAAUUUAACAAAGAGGCUCCGAGGCUUUCACUAGACAGCAGAGCCACAGUCGAUGCCAAAGGACGACUCAAGCCCAGAGAGCUCCGAACAACCGCAGCAAUGCUAUCGGCGAAAAAUCGAGACAAGGACGGCGGCGAAGAGGCGGACGACAGCGAGAAGCAACAGAACCGAUCACCGAGCGUGAUUGCCAAAUUGAUGGGGCUGGAACGUCUGCCUGAAUCUGAUCUAGAGCCGGCGGAGAAGCAACCCGAAUUAAGGAGAUCCGCAUCGGAGUCAAGAGCGAACAGAGAUCUCCUCCAGUACCGAUUCAUUGACGGCGUUAAUUUCCAGCUGAAGCAGUCAGCGCAGUCGCAGCACCAUCAAAAUCUGCAGCAGAACAGUGCGGCCAGAGAUUCUGCGGCGAAGGUUCCGAAAGAGUACAAUGCUGUACGGCACGGCAGAGUCGAAACAGUAGCGAGACAGCCAAACAGAGGAAUUGCGCAGAGGAAGAGCUUUUUCGACUCUGCCGAUUUCUUCCCGGAGCCGAAGCAGACCGUUUGCAUAUACGGCGAGAUCGAGAAGAGGCUUAGAAUGAGAGGGAUCGAUGAGCCUUCGAAAGAUCUCGAAACUCUCAAGCAAAUCCUGGAGGCUCUGCAGCUGAAAGGCCUGCUGCAUUCGAAGAAGCCGCCGCCCCUGGCGAACCAAAUCGGCGGCCGGAACUUCGUGUACGACGGAGGCUUCGAAGAUUCGCCAAUAGUUGUGAUGAAGCCAACCAGAUCGACCUCACCUAGGAACCGGGGAACAAUCGGCAGCGAUUCUCCGCCAGCGAGUUUGAGAGCGAGAUACGGCCUCCGGCGAGAUUCCAGUUUCUCCAGCGAGCCUUCGCCGGCGGUCAGCCCCAGGCGGGAUCGGCCGGAGAUCGAAAGGAACGCGCGGAGCAACGCCAGAGGUAGGAAUUCCAGCUCGCCGACGCGAAGCGAGAGCGGCGCCAAGAGUCCGUUGAGGAGGAGACCGUUGAGCGUUGAAACACAGAGGAGAAUCGGGAACGAUUCGGUUCAGCAGAGACGCGUAUCUCCCGUUCAGUCUCCGAAGAUGGCGUCGAGAAGAAGCGGACCGGAGCAGACGACCAAUCAAUCGCCGAGGAGCAGGAGAAGGGCGGCGGCGGAAGAUGAAUCAUCCACCGUUUCAGAGAGCAGCUUAAUCAGCUCCACUUCCCAUUCCGACGCCGGCGAGAGGCCGAAGGCGGCAGAGGAACACAGAGAAGGCAGAGAUAUACUGGAGAGAUGCGACAAGCUGCUCAACAGCAUUGCAGAGAUGAACGCCGAGUUGCAGCCGAGUCCGGUUUCGGUUCUGGACUCGUCGUUGUACAAGGAGGAAUCUUGGCCUUCCCCCGUGAUGAAACGGAACGUCGAUUUCAAAGGUCAAUAUCUAACGGAAUCAGACGAAGACACAUGGAGCCCGGCGGCGGCAGCAGCAGCUGGUGAGCCCGAAGACUGCGAGUUCACGUACGUCUCCGACGUCCUCCGCGCUUCCAGUUACCUACCGGAAGACUCCGACGUGUUCCUGCUGCUGGAGAAACAGCAGUACCUCCGAGGGAAAGACACCUCCAAGAGUUCUAGACUGCAGAGGAGGCUCAUCUUCGACACCAUCAACGAAAUCCUGGAGAAGAAGAGACAGCUGCCUCCAUGGAAGGCCGUUGCUUCCUCCACCAGCUCGUCGGCGAAGAGCCAGCAAGCAGCGUCCCUGAACCAAAUAUGGUCGGAGUUCCAGAGGAUGCAGGCGAGGGAAUCGUCGCCGUCGUCGGCGGAGGACUUGUUCGAGGUGAUCUGUGGCGUGCUGAGGAAGGACCUGGCAGGGGAUGCGGUGAACGGAUGGGCGGAUUCCCCUGUUGAGAUGUCGGAAGCGGUGUUGGACAUGGAGAGGCUAAUUUUCAAGGAUUUGAUCGGCGAGACCAUCCGGGACGUGGCUGCUUUUGCCGGCAGAUGUGCUCAACCGGCCUUGGCCGCCCUCCCCCGCCGGAAGUUGGUUUUCUGA